CCUUUGUGGUUUGUGGAAAAAAGCAACAAAUUCUGCAAAUCAAAGGCAAAAUGAAACCAGCAUAGAAGAAGUAAUAAAUAAAAAAUCUGAGGGAAGAAGGGGGCCAUGGGGAAUCCUAUAUUAUCAUCCCUUCCACUUAAACUAGCUUUCAUUCUAUCUUUCUCACUAACUUCAUCUUCUUCAUUUCCAUUUUCCCAAAACAAUAAUAAUUUCCAAAAUAAUAACAACUCAACUCGAAAAUCCAAUUCCAAAAAACCCAUCUCCGCAACAGCCGGAGACAUACUGUCACUUUUAGGAACACCCCAACAAGCUUCAUCUGUCAACCCUCAAGUUGCUGCGGAACUAAAAUCUUGCUUCAAGUUUCUUGUUCCUUGUACACCCAUUGUCAAUUCAGCUGCAACUGAUUUCGGACCACGCCGAAUGUUGCGUAAUUCGGAACGACGUCGUCGGGAUAGCGAAAAUGAGCUGGUUUGGUCACCGCCGGUGCCUGUGUUGGAAAUUGCUCGACUUGCUUUUGAGGCUGGUGGUGAUGGAAGGUUUCUUGAUUUUACACUUGAUCCCACCAUUAUCAAUGUACCUGAUGUUGAAGGAUCAAACGAAUGUAAAUGUCAGCUUACAAGAACUCCUUACGGAAGGCGCUUUAUAAACGAGGAAUUGAAUACAUACAUGGAAUUUUUGUUCAAACUUAUACUUGCACGUGGUCCUGAAGUUGGAUUGGAUGUAUCACUAAAUCGAUAUGACUUCUUUCAUGGCCAUCUUUUUAUUGCGGCCAAUGGAAGAGUUGGCAUUUUGUUCCAUGCUAAAGAAUACCCGGCAUAUGACAAAGAAGUGUUCCCAUACAACAUGGGUUAUUGCCAAAAGGGCUCUAACGUGACUUAUGAUAAGUCCAUGAAUCUGCGGAACAUUUUGUGGCUAGCACCUUUUCCAAGUAACUCCACGAGUGACUGGUCUGCACCUGGAGUGCUGGUAGUAUUGGAUGCUCGUCCUGGAGGAAUCAUCUAUCGAGAUAUCAUACCUGCAUAUGUAAAGUAUGCAAGAACAAUAUAUGAAGAGUAUUUUGGUGAUAAUGUAGUUGAUGUUAACUACCUAAAUGUCGGAGCUGCAGAGCCCAACUAUCAGCUAUUCAUUUGUUAAUACUUGAACCUUGGCAGGUGCAUUUCGAUAUGGCUACUCAAAAAUUUAAGAACAUGGCGGUAAAAACGUACUUGUUUGAUACGAGUAGAAGUUUGAUAAUCAUCUGGAACUAUUCUGGGCAGCAGAAGAAGUGAAUUCACAUAUAUUUUUAACAAUGUAACUUUAGUGAUAAGGCUGAUGAGCUGAGAAUUUCGAACUUCUAAAUGUAUCAUUCAUCAUGAUUACGGCAGCAACUGCAAUAUAGGACAUGUGUUUGUAGAAAAAGAUUAUCCUUGUCUGCGUUUUCAUGUCGGUAAAUAUCCGCAUGAUUCAUGAAAAGAUAUGACAUGCGUUUCUUGA